AUGGCUCUCUUCGGCUCUGGCUCCAACAAUGCGGCUUCCAACCCCCAGGAAGUCAAGACCGCCAUCAUGAAACAACUGCAGCAGGAGGCCGCCAUGAACAACGCCCGGACCUUGAUUGCUAAAGUCAACGAACACUGCUUCGAUAGCUGCAUUCCCCGCCCCGGCUCGACCCUGUCCUCCUCCGAAGGCACCUGCCUCUCCAACUGCAUGGAGAAGUACAUCUCCAUGUGGAACGUCGCCAGCCGCUCAUACGUCGCUCGCGUCGCCGUCGAGAGCAAGAAGGCCGGUGGCGCCCAAGAAACCAUUAACAUGAACGCCCUGGCCACCGGGUCGAGCGAUCUGUAA